GCGCGAGCGUGCGGCGUGCGGAGACCAGGCAGUGCGGCGUGCCGCGAGCGCGACCGAGCGCGUGUGUACGUGCAGGGUGCUGCGGUGAUGGAGCAGAGCGGCUACACGUCGCCGUGGGCCGCGGUGCUGGGCCGCCACCACGCCGCCGCCGUGCCCGUCAUGCAGGACCACCACGGAUACGGCCCGCCCGGCGCCGCGCCCAUCGACCUCCACGUGUCGCAGCCCUUCCCGUACUACAGGUACCAGGAAGAGGCGCUGUGCUGGUCUGACAGGAAACACUCCGUAGACGAUGUGAGCAACCCCACGUCCGUGAACGCUCGUAUCUUGGAGGUGCGGAAGGAGAAGAGUCGAGAUGCAGCUCGCAUCCGCCGCGGCAAGGAGAACUUCGAGUUCUACGAGCUGGCCAAGAUGCUGCCCCUGCCCGCCGCCAUUACGUCGCAGCUGGACAAGGCGUCCAUCAUCCGGCUGACCAUUUCCUACCUCAAGCUGCGCGACUUCUCGGGCCACGGCGACCCGCCAUGGAGUCGCGACGGCCCGCCGCCGAAUAAAAGCGUUAAGGGCCCUGUCCGGCCGCGUUCUGUUGCUGGAAUAGCGAUGGAAAUGUUCGAGCAGCACCAAGGAACCCAUAUUCUGCAAUCGCUGGACGGAUUCGCCUUCGCCCUGGCUGCAGACGCGCGGUUUCUGUACAUUUCGGAGACUGUCUCCAUCUACCUGGGGCUCUCACAGGUGGAGAUGACGGGCAGCAGCAUCUUCGAGUACAUCCACCAGCAGGACCACGCGGAGCUGGCCGAGCAGCUGGGUCUGGGGCUGGCGCAGGGGCAGUCGCUCGCCUCGCCCGGCAGCGCGGGCUCCGAGGAGGGCGCGCCCCAGGGCACCAACAACCCCGACGUGGCGACGCAGAUGAGCUUGAGUAGCAGCUCGGCGUACAAGGGGCUGGACCGAGCCUUCUGCGUGCGGAUGAAGUCCACGCUAACGAAGCGGGGCUGCCACUUCAAGUCUUCGGGAUACCGGGUGGUGCUGGUGCUGAGCCGGCUGCGGCCGCAGUACACGUUCUCGCACGCGCGCAAGUCGUCGCCGCCGCUGCUGGGCAUGGUGGCCAUCGCCAUGGCGCUGCCGCCGCCCAGCGUCCACGAGAUCCGCCUCGAGUCCGACAUGUUCGUCACACGUAUCAACUUCGACUUCCGGAUAGCACACUGCGAACCUAGGGUAUCAGAAUUACUCGACUACACGGCCGACGAACUGACAGGCAAGAACCUGUACACAUUGUGCCACGGGGAAGACGCCAACAAGCUGAGGAAAUCCCACCUCGACUUGAUCAACAAGGGGCAGGUGAUGACGCAGUAUUACAGGUUAAUGAACAAGAGCGGAGGCUACACGUGGGUGCAGACGUGCGCCACCGUCGUCUGCAACUCGAAGAACGCAGACGAGCAGAACAUCAUCUGCGUCAACUACAUUAUUAGCGGACGCGAGUACGAGAACGUGGUGAUGGACUGCUGCCAGAUGGACGACGCCGUGCCGCAGACAGUCAAGAGGGAGGACAACGACCCCGAGAACCCCUCUCCCGACGCCGACAGGCCCGGCGGUCGCAGCAGCGGCGCGGGCGCGGCCAGCCAGCAGCAGCCGCCGCAGCAGCCGCAGCCGGAGCCCCACCGGUCGCCGCCGGACCUGGAGGAGGGCUCUUCGCAGGGCGCGGCCGGCGCCGGCGCGGGCGCUGGCGCGGGGGAGCCGCACGGCAGGCGGCUCGCCGCCCCCGCACCCGGCCCAUCGCAGCUCGGCGGCGGGCUGAGCAUCCGCGCGCUCAAGAAGCUGGCGGCGACGCGCGGACGCCCGCACAAGCGCAAGCUGCUCUCUGACGAGGACAGCAGCUGCUGCAGCUCCGACGAAGACGACGAGGACGACGAGGACUCGUCGGCGGCAGCGGCGGCGGCUGCGGCGGCGGCGUCGGUGGCGGCGUCGGCGGCGGCGGCAGUGGCGAUGGCGGCGGCGGCGGCCAAGCGAGCGGCCGUGCUGAGCCCCGCGUCCUCGUCGUGCCACUCGUCGGCGGCGGCCGCGCUGCCCUCCGACCACAGCCCCAAGCCCGACGACCCCGACGGCCAGCCCGGGCCCCCAGGUGGUGGCGGAGCAGGGGGCGGCGGUACGUCGGUGAAAGACCUGGAGCACGCCAUGUCGAAACACCUCCCGGCGGCCACACCGCCUCAGCAGCAGCAGCAGCAGCAACAGCAGCCGACGGACUUCAGCACGGACGCGCUUCUGAAGCAGCAACAGCAACAGCAGCAGCAGCAGCGGAGUACGAUCCAGUGGAUCGGCGCGCAUCACCUGGGGGCGCACGGCGCGCACCAGGCGACGGCGGCCGGCCCGCUGCCCGCGUCGGCGCUGCUGCGCCAGCUGUACGCCAACCGCGAGAGCGUCAUCCGCGCCAACGUGCACGCUGCCGCCGCCGCGCGCGGCUCCUCCGCGUACUACACCGCCGACCAGGUGGGCCCCCUGCCGACGCCGCCGGGCAGCGACGGCAGCUCGUACGCGGCGGCGGCGGCGGCGGCGGCUGCGGCGGCGGCGCCGGGCGGCGGCGGCGCGGCGGGCGGCGACGUGGCCUUCAGCAGCCUCGUGUCCGCCGCCGCCGCCACUGCCUACGACUACCACUCGGCCAUGACUCCGCCCUCGUCCGUGUCGCCGCGCGACAAGCACCAGCAGCAGCUCUUCGACGGUUACCAGUACGAGCUGCCCGCUCAGCCGCUCCCUCUUAAGCCGCAGGUGUACUCUGCUGUACAUCCAUCGGCCCUAGAUGCUGCAUACUCAUCGCUAGAUCAGGCACAAUUCUAUCACCACCAUGGGGCAGCACAAGCAUUUCAUCUCUACCAUCCAGCAGCUAAUAAGACAGUGACAGCCACAGCAACUGUCUACCCAGAAGCACUGAAGAACUCUGCCAACUGGUAUUCCACCACUUCCUAGUACAGCCAACGCAGCCCUUCAGAAUAUUUGUACUUAAUGUCAACACAUGUAAUAUAACAUACAGUUCAUUUUUCAGUGUAAGAUAUUACAGAGUGUGUCUAGUGAGCACAUUUGGGUGAGAAGAAACUGCAGGCCAAAGUAAACUUUCUGCUCUGUUUUCUGAGACUAUAGUGAAAAUUCAGUCUGUCCGAAUAUUUAACAGAGCUUGGAACUGAAGUGAUAAGCAUUCCAAGUGUACAGGAAGCUUUCUUUUACAUAUUUCCUUCAUAUGUAGGUCAUACAGUUUGCAGAAGAAAUAUUUGUAGCUGCAGGUGUGUCACUGCAGCAUGGAUGAAUGCAGAUACUUUUGCAGACAAAGCUAAAAUAUAGUCUGAGAUUGUUCUGCUUUACAGAUGAUGGAGAGGUAUGAUUCAGCCCCAUUGGAUCCAAAUGGAGGGCUAAAAAGUCAAUGACAAGGAGUAUUCUUAGCUCAAGCAUAAUAAUACUCUACAAUUUCUUGUGUCUGGUUAAGAACACUAUCAAAGAUUCACAAUUAACUGCUUCACACACUGAAAAAAAAAAAUUGUGAUUGGCACUCAGUUGUAUUCUACUAGAUUCAGUGUUAAUGUUUAAGCAGUUACAGCUUCAACAACAGCAGCAUUAGUUACAUGAAGAAAGAAGACUCCAUUUCUUCAGAACUGUGUUUUAAUGACAUCCUGUGCCACAUUGCACCUGUGACUCACAAUGUAUAUUUUCUCAGUCGAAGAAUUUUGCUAUUAAUUAUAUGUAAUUGUGUCCAGUUAGGCCUAUUCUUUCUUGUAGUUUCCUUGUCUCCAUAUUUAUUAAGUAAUACAGCUAUUGGCAAGAA